CGUAUUAUUUCCUGACCAAUCAUGUUGGUGGUGUCGCCCGGGUGAUGUCGCGGGAACUGCUUCACUUUCCAAACACAAAACAUUUACAUCUUACAAGUGUUUUAAGCCCCAACCCGGGAGAGCUGCCACCAAAGAGUUUUGUGACUUCUCAUUGACUGAUGGACUGGAUGGUAUCAAUAUGUCUCACAGACUGAGCAAGGAGGAGCUGGAUGCACAAUUUGAGCUGUUCUUAAAGGAGUGUGUUUCAGACGAGUCAGUGGAUUUGGGCAACUGUGAAAAGCAGCCUACGGUGAAAGGCAGCCAGAAACCAGCCUCUAAUCCAUCAGUGUCAUGGUGGCAAGAUGACAACCAUGGUGAUGAAGAAACAGGCAGAGAGAUGCCAAAAAGCAGAUUCAUUAAAGCCAGAGAGCCACAGCCUGAGAAUGAGGGACUAUUGGGUUCCAGGAAAUCUUUGAGGACAUCUUUGGGGAGGUCUCAGUCUAUUCAAGAGGAGCAGGAGGAUUCAGUAGACAGUGGUUUGAGGAAAGAAGAUUUGGAAUCAUUUUUUCUCAGUAGAGACAACACAGAUGCAGAGGACUCUGUGAAUGUCCCACCUGUGAACAUGGUCAAUAUGGGCUUGGAUACACUGGAAGAAGAAGAAGAAGAGAAAGCUGGGUUUUUUGCCCAACUGGAAGCUGGAGCCUCAUCAACUAUAGAUUACUCUAAACUGAACAAAGAGAUGGACUCAACUAGCUCUACCUUUGGAUCUAAUCUCAGGAAAGCUGAUGAAGCAGUGGAGCAGAAUGAUGAUGGUCUAAGAAAGGCAAGAGUCACAGAGACCACCUCUCCAGGCUCUCCACACUAUAGUGAGGAUUUUGAGGAUGAGGAGCAUGAGAAAGAGCCUCAUGAGCAGGAGAACCCUAAGAUGUCCUCUAUUAUAGCCAAAGUUUCUUUGUUUGACUCGUUGGAUGACACUGGUGGAGAAGACAGAAGAAAGGACACCGCAGGAUCGCUGGACAAAGGUAAUUCAUAUGUGAAGAGUGGAGGCUCAGAGAUGGACGCUCUUCAUGAGGCCUACAGACAGAUCCAUGUUGUGGAGGAUUCCGAUGACUAUAAACACAGUCAGCGUUCUUCAUCUCUGGAAGGGAGAGGGAUGCUUCACAGAUCUGUGUCUCCAUCAUCCCCUCCUCAACUUGCCAGGCAGUCUCUUCUGCCUGCUUCUACCAAUGAGUCAGAACUACCCACUGCAGAGGAGCUGAUGAAGCCCAUCCGAAUAGAGGAGCAUGUAAGAGGAUUCACCCUUCAGCCUGUCAGUGGUGUAGAACCGGACCAAGAAAAAACACUCCACUCAUUGGAACAUUCUUUCCCAGAUGUGACGUAUGCCGAGUCACAACAUAAGGAAGUGGGGAGGGCAGACGUGAAGAUAAAGGGAGCUAAGGAAUUGACUACCCGUCCUUCCAGCCCCCCAGACCAACCAAAUGAGCUGAUAUGGAGUAUCAGAGAAGAAGUAGAGAGGCUAAUGGAGGAUCACAACAAGACUUUUUCUUUUAAUUCCCCUCAGGCUGGAAAAGUUAAGAAGCAACCGGCCCCCCGAAGCUCUACUACUUCUCGUCCUUCUACAUCCUCUGUGUGGAAACCCACUGUGGCUCUUGUGAGAGGCAAGGAAGUGGGGAGGAGAACAGCAGUGACCUCCAGUUCAUCAGGGAUCAGUAGAGUUGCAGCUUCAGCCAAAACCUCAUCUCUGCAACGUCCACGGAGAGCCAAACCAACAAAGAGCCUAGAAAAAGACGACAGCACAGAGCCAAGUGUGAAAGUGAGCAGUGAGCUUGUGUCAUCGGUUCACUCCUUAGUGACUGUCCUCCAACAGCGGAUGGACACCACUAGUCCACAGGAAACCAGGGAGACACAUCAUCCUCCAAAGUUCAGAAGGGAUGAGGACAGCUCCGUGGAGGACGAGCUGAGAGUCCAGCUUGCUCAGAGAGAGCGGGAGCUGCAGGAGUUGAAAGAAGCAGCAGAGGAGCUCCACUCACUCAGACAGCAGAACUAUGUACUGCAAAGCAAGCUACGAAGUGCAGAAGAAGCCAGUCAGAGGAAGAGACUGGCCGAGGCCACAGACUCUGCGACAGAGGCAACAUUCAGACAGAUGGAAAGUGAAAUGAAGGAGCAGGAGACACUCAUAAAGGGUUACCAGCAGGAAAAUGAGAAACUGUACGUGCAGAUGAAAGGUCUGCAGGCAAAGACUAAAGCCAAUGAGGAGGCCAUGUUUAAUGAAAACUCCAGGCUGCUGAGUGAACUGAGUAUCAUGAGGGAGCAGAUGAGUAAAACCUCAAGACCCGCGGAAAACGUCUGUUUAAUGGAUCACGCUCGACGCAUAACAGACCUGCUGGCUGAAAUAAAAACAUUUCAGAGGAAUGAGGCUAAGCUGUCUGAGGACAUUCACAGACUGAGGCAGGAAAAGCAGGCUCUGGAUACAGACCUACUGCUGUUGAAGAAAGAGAGAGACCUGGCCAAAGUUCAAGUCAUGUCCACCUCAGCUGAUAAGACUUCAGAGAUGCAUGUAAUGGAAGACAAGCACAGAGAGGAAGUGUUGGCCCUGAAGAAGAAGCUACAGUGGUUUGCUGAGAACCAGGAGCUGCUGGACAGAGACGCUACUAGACUGAAAACUGCUGCAGCAGAGAUAGAACAGCUCAAACAGCAGGUAGAAAAACUGAAAAUGGAAGUGGGCAAAAGAAGCAGCGAGCACCAGAGGAAGGCAAGAGAGAAAUCUGUCGAUGUGAAGAAGAUGCAAGACCUGCAGCGACAGGUGAAGGAGCUGGAACAGAUACUUAGACAUCGAAACCCAAACUCCCUACCUGCUCUUAUGUACGCUGCAGCCAGUGCUGGACAGGAGGAGGACGGGGUUACUGAUAAGACGACUCGGAACAAAAAGGUCACUGCUCUGCUGGAGGACAGGAUUCAGCAUCUGGAAGCAGAGCUUGAGAACCACGAUGAGGAGGCCAAACGCAGCCUCAGGGCCAUGGAACAACAGUUCCACAGUGUCAAGCUGCGCUACGAGCAGCAGAUUUCAGAGUUGGAGCAGAAGCUGCAACAGAAAUCGAUUGAAGUUUCAAGCUCUGUAGCCGAGGGCCAGCCAUGCAUGUCUGGGGUUCAAACUCUGGAGACGGAGCUACAGCAGGUGAAGGAAAGCCAUGAGAUGAAAGAGAAAUCCCUCAAUGAGCAGAUUAAGUCUCUUCAGCAGCAAAUCAAAAGCAGGGCCCAUCAAAGUCCAGGACGACACCAGCGCCAAGCCGAGGAAGCCUUCGGAGUUCGGAUAGAGCGGUUAAACCAGGAGCUUGCUUCCAAAACGCGAACCAUUCAAGAUCUGAACCGCACGGUGGAGAGACUGCAGAGGGAGAGGAGGAGCAUGUUAUCUGUCCCCAACCCACGAGCAGAGACCCAGGUUACACAGACCAAACGACAGCCUGGCCCAACCAAGACGCCCGUCUCUGUUACUGCGACACAGACUUGUGGAGUGGAAGAAACAUUUCCUGCUGCUCAAUAUGAGAAGACCUACCAGCCUACAGAGUAUGAAGGGAGUCAUGUCUCAGAGGUUCUGCAGGAGAACACUGCUCUUACUCAGCGCCUGGAGGUGCUGGAGCAGCGUUGGGAGAAGGAGAGGGAGGUGUUGAAGGCUGAUGCUGCUCAAGCCAAGGAAGAGCUGCACAGGCACCAGGAGCAGUCAGCAGAGCAGCUGUCCUCUCUGAAAGCAGAACACCUCAGAGUACUGGACCAGCUGCGGGCCACUCAUGCCCUGGAACACUCAUCCUCAGUGGUUGCAGAACAGGCCAAUAAGAUCAACACUCAAGAGAUACAGCUGAAACAUCUGCGGGAGCAACUUAAAGAGCUGCAGGGAACUAAAGCUGCACUGGCAGUGUCCAGGACUCGAGAGAAUGUCCUGCAGAAGCAGCUGACCAAACUGCUUAUGGAGCUGAAAGAAGCCAAAGACGCGCAGAGCCCAGAGGUGAAACUCCUGUGUAACCUGGAGAAGAAGAUUGCCAACUUAGAGCUCAGACACCAACACAGAGAGACGGAGCUGAAGCAGAUCAUUGGUGGCUCAUGGCCGGGGAUUGAGGCCAGUCAUCAGUCAGAGGUGGAACACUGGAAGAACCUGGCUCAGGAGAAGAGCAGAGAGAUUGAGGUGUUUCGUGUGGAGCUGGACUCCAUCCUGGACAUCAUCAAACACCUCCAGAGGCAGGGAGUGGUUUUCCCUGCUCCAGGUCAACUCACCUCGCUCACUGCACCCACAAGAUCCUACUCAUAGAAGUCAGUGAAAACUAACACGUUACUGAAGUAAACAACAAAAGCAAUAAUCAAUAUCCUAGCAUUAGUCCAGGUUCGGUAGAAUGGACUCCCGCUGACAAGCACUGCAGGAGUGUGAGGAAGUUUGUUUUCCCAGAUCAAUAUUUCAUGUUUACAUGAAAAAAAGCUACAGGAACUUUCAAAGAUGUGGCGCUGUAAGUAAGAAAAUGUCAUUGUACAUUUGAUGUUUCCAUAUUAAGUCACUACGAUCUAUUUUAAUUUAAAUUAUUGUAACUUAUUUCAGGUGUAGUGAAAAAUAAAUAUUUUUUUUAAAUCCUUGUCUAACUAUGAGCAUUGUAUUAACUAGAAUGUGAGUCAUGUUUAAGUCUUAUGCAAAGGUUUUUUUUAAUGUAAGGUUUAAUAUGGAACAUGAAAAUUAAUUGAAAAUUGACACAUUCUCGAAUGUAUAAUAUAUUUUGUAUAGAAUUAGGAAAUGUUUCUAUAUUUUUCACUAAAUAUUAAUGCAUCUGCCCUUGGUUAAAAAAAAAAAUGAAUCAGUCUAAUUAUCAAGAUUAAUUAUAAGAGGAAAAUAAGGCUUUGAUUCACAGGCUCUGACAUCCACUCACAAUCCUUCUAGUUUUUUCCUUUCAUUAAAUUCUGACACUGUUCAAAUGAGAAACAGCAAUUAUGUUGAUAAUAGGUAUAAAACUUGAUUGUUUUCUGGAAUAACAAAGACAAUUAGCAUAGUUUUCCUUCCAUGGAAUGAAUUUUCACAAUAGCAAAUAUACACAUAUAGCUUCUUUAAAGAAGUAAAACGACUCCACAAAAGGUCUCAAUUAAACUUAAAUUUAAUUAAAUUUAAUGAACAGGAUACUAGCAUAUGGGAUCGGUCAAAAAAUUCACCGUUAUAUAUUUUAUUGCACUGAAGUGUUUACAAAUGCAUUUAUGUAACAGAAAGGUUAAGAGCCAUAAUUAUCUGCCAUAGGUAUCUGAUGCUGCACACAAACCUUUUAUAUUGCAUAUACAUCACUUUACAUAAUCUCAUUCAUUUCUGUUAGUCUCUGUAUUUGUAACUGCUUUCAUCUGAAUUCUAAUCUGAAUCCCUGGCCAAAACUGUCCAAAAUCUGUAGAAUCUGGCAACCCAACAAAGAAACCAGGGCUGUGCCGUUUGUUCUGUGUUGUCAGCAUUGGCAGAUCUGUGGUGCAUAGAAAUCCAAGUUCACUUAAAUUC